UUAAUUAUUUCAUUUGAUUAUUACCUUUAAAUUAAUAAUAAAAGAAAGAAAAAAUGAUGCAAUUUGAGAAAAUAGUGGAGAGAAUAGAGAGAGUAGCAUCAGAAAGUGCAGUAGUGAUAUUUAGUAAGAGUAGUUGUUGUAUGUGUCAUGCAAUCCAACGCUUAUUUUGUGGGAUGGGAGUUAAUCCAACGGUGCAUGAUUUAGAUUUAGAUCCAUGGGGUGAAGAUAUGGAGAAAGCUCUUAUGCUGCACCUCUCCACGCCCAAUCCUGUUCCUGUUGUUUUCAUUGGAGGUCAGCUAAUCGGUGCAAUGGAUCGUGUUAUGGCUUCUCAUAUUAAUGGCUCCCUUGUUCCUCUCCUCAAACAAGCUGGUGCUCUUUGGCUUUGAUCUUUUCUUUUUUGUUUUUUUUUUCUUUCUUUUUUUUUUUAAAAAAAAAAAUUAUUGGUUGGGGGUCCUACACUAAUUUAUAAUCUUUCAUUAAAAUAGGCCCGCCCGUCCAGCUGCGACGGUGGGUGAAUUAAGUAUGUUUGAGCUGAUUUUCCAUUUUCACAAAGCUCAUACUAAUUAAUUCGGCCUCAUUCAUAUUCUGUUUAAUUCUGAUCGUACAUUCUCCCAUUAUUAAUUUUUUUCCUAAAUUGGGAGACAUGUUCAUGGUUGAUACUAUUACACACAUUAGAGGACAUUUUUAUUUGUAGAGGAAGUGGAGAUUUUUUUUUUUUUUUUUUAUAGGAGUAUGGUUGAGGAUAAAAUUAAAACUUUUAUAAAUGGUGAAAAUCAAAUUCUUAUUAUAAGAUUAAAUGUAAAAGUAAUCGAGCACUAAACAACCCUUGAUUUUCGGAGUUUUUUAGGGGUAUUUUUCAUAUGUGUGUUUUUUUAUGUUUGGAUUUUGUAAGUUUUUUGUUUCGUUUUGGGUUUACGAGUUUUUUCUGGUUAUAUUUUGAUGGCAGGAUAGAGAUGAAUU